AGCUGUUCCUGCGGUUGCCAUGCGCAAAAUCCUUUGCUUCAGCUUCACUUUGUUCUGCAGUGCUACUUUCUGGACCUGUGAUGAAGUGGUGUCGGAACAAUGCGAGUUAACGGUCCACAAAGGACAAGUUGCCAUCCAGUCCAUUCCUGUAACCUACUGGCGCUACCGAGCAAGGUCAUCCCCAGUUCAUUUGGGCCCAUUGGUGGCGCUUCAUGGGGGCCCGUCCUGGCCUCACAACUACCUGCUGCCGCUGAAAUACCUGGCAUGCCACGGCGUCAGCGAGGUGAUCUUUUAUGAUCAAGCAGGAUGUGGCGAAUCAGCGCCGCCCAAGCGGAGCCUGAAGGAUUUUCCGCAUUUAUUGGAUACCAAGUACUACUCGCAGAUUGAGCUGCCUGAGCUUCUGCGCCAUUGGAACUUGGAUGAUUAUCACCUUCUGGGCCACAGCUGGGGUACCAUCUUGGCCCAGCUCUUUGUGCUCAACGCUCCCACGGAGAGCCUCAAGGGCCUCGCAUCCAUGGUGCUGGCCGGACCUUUGUCCGACUCACAAAGCUACAUCCGCGCGCAGUGGGACAAGGACGAGGGGAACCUGGGCAGCCUGCCUCCUUUUGUUCAAGGACGAAUUCAGCAGCUGGAAGCUGCGCAUCGCUACAACAGCGCUGAAUAUGAGACGAUCAGCGCGGUGCUCACGACGUUUUUCACCCUACGCACCGCCCCAGCGCCAGAUUGCUUCGUCCAAUCCAAUGCGGGGAUGAACCGUGACAUCUAUGUUGCAAUGCAGGGAGCCUCCGAGUUCACUAUGAGUGGCGUGCUGGCUGACUUCAAUGUCACAGGGCGACUGCAUGAGAUUGAGGUGCCAGUGCUUUUAACUUCGGGUCGUUUCGAUACCAUGCGACCCUCGGUGGUGCGGCGAAUGCACCAGGAGCUCCGGUACUCGGAGUGGAAGAUGUUUCCUCAUUCGGGGCACGUGUCUAUGAUCGACGAUGCAGAUGAAACCCUGCGAGUGGUUGCAGAUUUCCUCGGCAGGGUCCACAUGGCAAAUGUCACCGGGCAGUUUGUCUCCAAAGAUUGGGACGAAGCGCCUGACUUCCCUGGCUUCACAGCCACUAGCUGCACUAGCUCUUCCUGGCUGCUGAUGAUUUCGACGCUGCUUCUGGGCGUUCUUCUGGGCAGCGGCUGUAGUGCCCCUGGCAAAAGCCAGGAGGAGUAUAUGAGACUUGAGUAGUGCGGUCUUCGUUCAGCGUUAGUAAGUGGCUAAUACAUGAUCAC